UGAUGUCACCUCAUUUCCGUUCUUAUAUAGGCAUUCAUCUCUGGCAGCAGUGUGCAUCUCCCAAGCGUCUAAAAUGCGAUACCUUUCGCCAAAACACAACAGGAGCAUUGCGCGGUGUGAGACGCGGCUUAAUUCGCCUUGGAUAGCGAAGUUGGCUCUUUUCACUUUUUAUGAUGUGCUGCCGACCCACUGCGCGCGUGGGAACCCUUUGGAGGACCCUCGAUGAAGGCUUUGCGCUGUGAAGACGUGCGUUCGUGCAGGUCCUUUUCCUCGUGCGGGCUACACUGUUCAGGACCGUUACGCACAGCGCAUCUCCACGCACCGCGACGCUCCGCGCACCAAUUCUUCCCUUUGCGGAGAGGACGAUCGCGCGAAACAACAAACAUGAUGCGAACAGACAAACCGGUGCAAACAUGAAUUUCACCCAGUCCACCGUACUGGUGGGAAACGUUUCCAGUGAUGAGAACGCCACGGACGCGCCGUUCGCCCUGCCACACACGGAGGUAACCACCGCGCUCAUCAUCCUACUGGUCGUGGUGGUCAUUUCGGUGACCAUUGUGGGAAACGUGCUGGUGAUCGUGGCGGUGCUGACCAGCCGCGCGCUCCGUGCGCCUCAGAACCUCUUUUUGGUGUCUCUGGCCUCAGCGGACAUCUUGGUGGCGACGCUGGUCAUCCCGUUCUCCCUCGCCAACGAGGUCAUGGGGUACUGGUACUUUGGAAGUACGUGGUGCGCGUUCUACCUGGCGCUGGACGUGCUCUUCUGCACCUCAUCCAUCGUGCACCUGUGCGCCAUCAGCCUGGACCGCUACUGGUCCGUCACUAAAGCGGUGAGCUACAACCUGAAGCGGACUCCAAAGCGCAUCAAGUCCAUGAUCGCUGUAGUGUGGGUCAUUUCUGCCAUCAUCUCCUUCCCCCCUCUCCUCAUGACCAAACACGACGAGAGGGAAUGUCUGCUGAACGACGAGACCUGGUACAUCCUCUCCUCCUGCGUGGUGUCCUUCUUCGCCCCGGGUCUCAUCAUGAUUCUGGUCUACUGCAAGAUUUAUAAAGUGGCGAAGCAGCGCUCGUCCACCGUGUUCGUGGCCAAGAACGGCCUGGAGAGGGAGCCGUCUCAGUCCGAGACCUGUUUCGUCCGGAAGGACCGCUUCGAGCUGGAGAGCCCCAGCAGCCAGAGCUCGGGCAGCCAGCAGCAGCGGCAGGAGGAGCUGGACGACAUCGACCUGGAGGAGAGCUGCUGCGCGUCGGACGCCAAACCGCGCGGCCACCGCUUCGCGAAGCGGAGGAAGGUGGAGGGCUCCGACUGCUGCCCGCCGCAGAACUGCCGCCUGUCCUGGGCGUCGGCGCGGCCGCCGCAGCUUUACCCGGAGCAGAGGAACCCGGCCGCGCGGCAGCAGCUGGCCAACAAGACCAAAGUGGCCCAGAUGCGGGAGAAGCGCUUCACCUUCGUGCUGGCGGUGGUGAUGGGGGUGUUCGUGCUCUGCUGGUUCCCCUUCUUCUUCACCUACAGCCUCCACGCCGUCUGCAGGGACCGCUGCUUCAUCCCCGGUGCGCUUUUCAACCUCUUCUUCUGGAUCGGCUACUGCAACAGUUCCGUAAACCCCAUAAUAUACACUAUUUUCAACCGAGACUUCAGGAAGGCCUUCAAGAAAAUCGUAUGCAGGACGUCUAAGCACUGAAAGGAGAACGAGGACGGUUUUGUUUGGCCUCUCGCUCAUCAGUGCCAGGAAACAGUUACACUAUCGUUCUUCCUCCUCCUUUAGUCAUUUUAACUAAUAUAAAACCGACCCUAUGUUGUGUACACAUAAAAUGUCUAUGAAUAAAAUUUAAAGUGAAGCAAAACAAA